UGUUGAGAUGACGGUAGCUAGUUGGAUAGCGAUACAAAACUGGGAGAGGCUUAUAUUAAUGUGUUUUAGCAAAGGGAGAGCCUCUGGAGCGUCGCCACCGCAACGGUUGUAGGUGGGGGCUGAAAAAAGGUUGUAUUGUGCAGGAGAUAAUAUAGCUAGCAUUAACCAAUAAGAAGAAAGGAGCGCAGUUUCUUCACUUUUUCCCAGUUUUGUUUAUUUUCGAGGGCAGAAGAGAGCAUCGGUAUUCUGCCCCCAGGGCACUGAGGGACACUGCAGGCCUUCUCUCUCUCCUCUCCAUCUCUCUCCCUGUGUGUGUGGCCAUGGCAGCCAACAAGCCCAAGGGGCAGAACUCUCUGGCCCUGCACAAGGUGAUCAUGGUGGGGAGUGGAGGGGUGGGCAAAUCCGCCCUCACUCUGCAGUUCAUGUAUGACGAGUUUGUAGAAGACUAUGAACCCACAAAAGCAGACAGCUACAGGAAGAAGGUAGUUUUGGAUGGGGAGGAGGUCCAGAUUGACAUCCUGGACACAGCUGGACAAGAGGACUAUGCUGCCAUCCGGGACAACUACUUCCGCAGCGGAGAGGGCUUCCUGUGUGUCUUCUCGAUCACUGAGCAGGAGUCUUUCGCAGCCACCGCUGAUUUCAGGGAGCAGAUACUCAGAGUGAAGGAGGAUGAGAAUGUGCCUUUUCUCCUGGUGGGGAACAAGUCGGACCUGGAGGACCGGCGGCAGGUGGGCCUGGAGGAGGCCAAGGCCCGAGCCGAGCAAUGGAGCGUCAGCUAUGUGGAGACCUCCGCCAAGACCCGCGCCAAUGUCGACAAGGUGUUCUUUGACCUGAUGAGAGAAAUAAGGGCACGGAAAAUGGAGGACAGCAAGGAGAAAAAUGGAAAAAAGAAGCGGAAAAGCUUGGCGAAGAGAAUUCGAGAGAGAUGCUGCAUUUUAUAAUAGCCGGAGAUCCCCUGAUCAUAAACCUAUGCCAGAAUCCUCUCGUCUGUGUUCUAACCAUUCUUCUGAUGUAGUGUUCGGUGUCUGGUGUCCCCUCUCCUCCCACUGAACAGUCAAGAUGUGUGAGGGAUACUGAAACCUCCCUCUCCAGGGAUUGGGGUUCAGGGUAGGUUAGGGUGUGCUGAGUGCACAUAUCCUUAAAGGCGGAAAAAACAGGAAAUGGGUUUAAACCCAAGCUAGGGAUAGCCAUGCUUGAAUUUGGAAGCUAACACAAGAAGAAUUAAGCAUUUUGUUAUUUUUCUUCUUGAAACAUUUGGU